CCGCCUACCCGGCGACACUACAGCGAGGCGGCGGCCGACCGCGAGGACGACCCCAACUUCUUCAAGAUGGUGGAGGGCUUCUUCGACCGCGGCGCCAGCAUCGUGGAGGACAAGCUGGUGGAGGACCUCAAGACCCGGGAGAGCGAGGAGCAGAAGAGAAACCGGGUGCGCGGCAUCCUGCGGAUCAUCAAGCCCUGCAACCAUGUGCUGAGCUUGUCCUUCCCCAUCCGACGCGACGACGGCUCCUGGGAGGUCAUCGAAGGCUACCGAGCCCAGCACAGCCAGCACCGCACGCCCUGCAAGGGAGGUAUCCGUUACAGCACUGAUGUGAGUGUGGACGAAGUGAAAGCCCUGGCUUCCCUGAUGACCUACAAGUGUGCUGUGGUUGAUGUGCCAUUUGGGGGUGCCAAGGCUGGUGUUAAGAUCAACCCCAAGAACUAUACGGAUAAUGAAUUGGAAAAGAUCACAAGGAGGUUUACGAUGGAGCUGGCGAAGAAGGGCUUUAUUGGUCCUGGCAUUGAUGUGCCUGCCCCAGACAUGAGCACCGGCGAGCGGGAGAUGUCCUGGAUUGCGGACACCUACGCCAGCACCAUAGGGCACUACGAUAUUAAUGCCCACGCCUGUGUAACUGGUAAGCCCAUCAGUCAGGGUGGAAUCCAUGGACGAAUCUCUGCUACUGGCCGGGGAGUUUUCCAUGGAAUUGAAAACUUCAUCAAUGAAGCGUCUUAUAUGAGUAUUUUAGGAAUGACACCAGGGUUUGGAGACAAAACAUUUGUUGUUCAGGGAUUUGGGAAUGUGGGCCUGCACUCUAUGAGAUAUUUACAUCGUUUUGGUGCUAAAUGUAUUGGUGUUGGUGAAUCUGAUGGGAGCAUAUGGAAUCCAGAUGGUAUUGACCCAAAGGAACUGGAAGACUUCAAAUUGCAACAUGGAUCAAUCCUGGGCUUCCCCAAGGCAAAACCCUAUGAAGGGAGCAUCUUGGAGGCUGACUGUGACAUACUGAUUCCUGCUGCCAGUGAGAAGCAGCUGACCAAGUCCAAUGCACCCAGAGUCAAAGCCAAGAUCAUUGCUGAGGGUGCCAAUGGGCCGACAACUCCAGAGGCCGAUAAGAUCUUCCUGGAGAGGAACAUUAUGGUGAUACCAGACCUCUACUUGAACGCAGGAGGAGUGACAGUAUCCUACUUUGAGUGGCUGAAAAAUCUAAAUCAUGUCAGCUAUGGCCGUUUGACCUUCAAAUAUGAAAGGGAUUCUAACUACCACUUGCUCAUGUCUGUUCAAGAGAGUUUGGAAAGAAAAUUCGGAAAGCACGGUGGAACGAUUCCCGUUGUGCCCACGGCAGAGUUCCAGGACAGGAUAUCGGGGGCAUCCGAGAAAGACAUCGUGCACUCUGGCUUAGCUUACACGAUGGAGCGUUCUGCCAGGCAAAUCAUGCGCACAGCCAUGAAGUAUAACCUGGGUUUAGACCUGAGAACGGCUGCCUAUGUCAACGCCAUUGAGAAAGUCUUCAAGGUGUACAAUGAAGCCGGUGUGACCUUCACCUAGAUGGAGUGUGGCUGACCUCUUCACUGCCCUCUUCCCUCUUCAUCUGCAGACCCUUCACAAGUUUACAUGUAACCACAGGACUCGACUCUUUCUCUCCCUCUCUCUCUCUCUCUCUCUCUCUCUCUCUCUCUCUC